UUCUACUAAAGUAGACAAAGCUUUAUAAAAUGAGUCAAAGGCCACCAACAAGUUCUAAUAGACCAACUACAAGUCGGCCGAUAGGCACAGCUAUGGGGCGACAACCAGGGACUGCCAGUCGCCUGUAUACAGCAAUGAAUCCAACUACUGCACGUCCAGGUAGUAGAGCUGGUCAGCCAGCUGGAGGUAUCGCUCUAAAUGCUCAAGUGACUGUAGUUGAUCGACCAACAACACAGCAUGGUCUCGGUGGCAUGAAAACUGCAGCUAAAGGUGGCCGUUUAGUUCAAGAUAAAAGCUACUAUUUAGGAUUGGUUAGGAGUAAAAUCAAUGAACUUUAUGCAGAGAAUACCAAAUUGAAGAAGGAAAUAGAAAAUUCAAGUGAUGAAAACUCAAGCUUUUUGAGCUAUGAGAAACGUGCAGAGACCUUGGCUGGUGAAAUACGAGAUCUUCAAGGAGAAUUAGGAGAUUACAACACAUUGGUAGACAAGCUAACAACAGAUGAAGAUAUUCAAGAUGUUGAGUUUGACUGUGACAAUCUCAGAGCUGAAAAUGACAGAAAUGCCAAAAGAAUGGAAGAUGGAUUUGAGGUUAAAAAACAACGCGAAGACCAAAUUCACAUGCUAGAAACUGAAUUAGACCAGGAGAAGAGAAUGGCUGAUAACUUAGUCAAUGAUAUGGAUGCCAACGAUCGGCAGAACUAUUUAAAAUUAAAGCAGCUAAAUGAACAUUUCUUGAAACAACUAGAAGCUGGUCAACAAGAACUGGACUUGUUGAAUUCCAAAAUCGAGACUUUACAAGAGGAACUUUCACUGUCACAUGUCAAACAAGAGGCAGUGCGGCUGUAUGACCAGAUUCAUGAAUUCGAAGUAAAAAGAGAUGCUCUUAUUGAAGAGGCCAAGACUAGAGGAUCCCCAGCUGAAGAAAGAGAGAAACUUUUAAAGCAAGUGAAAGAAGACAACCAAGAAAUAGCCAGCAUGGAGAGACAAACAAGAGAAAUUCAAGAGAAAAUCGAUCAGAUGCAAGAAGAUAUCCAACAGUUAGAUCAAGAUAUUGAAGAAAAUCAAGGUGAAAGAAAUCAAAAGUAUAAAGAGUUAAAAAAGAGGGAAGAGAGUAUGGAUGAGUUUCUAGGAACAUUUGAAGAUAAUAAGAUGGAAGAAGCUAAUAAAAUCUCCAAGAUAGAACAAGCUAUAGUUACAUUGCUAGAGACCAUGAGCAGAAAUAUGGGAAGAUUUACACACUUACCGACCCCCAAAGAGUUGAUGUCAAUGAAAGCAGAUCUCCAGUUUAAGGAGGAUGAAAGACAAAAGUCAGAAAGGACAACAAUUGGACUGGCAUCAGAACGCGAGAAACUCCAACAUGAUUUGCAGAAAAUGGAACAGUUUGAAGAAAAAUUAAAUGAAGAAUUGCUGGUCCUGAGAGAAAAAGUGACAGAAAUGGAGAAAGAGUUGGAAGUGUACUCUGACUUAGACAAACUCAAGACAAAAUCAGAAGCUAAAAAACAAAAAUUGAUGGAUGAUAGAAUUAUUCUUCAAAAGAGACGAGAUAAUUUUAAAGAGUUGAUCCAAGCCUUGACAGUUAGAUAUGAAGGUUUGAAAGCUCAACUCAAUGAAAAUGAGACUUACACUCAGUUGAUGAAUCUGGAAAAGAAAUGGCAGCACCAGGAACAAAACAAUUUCUCAAUGAAAGAAUUCAUAUCACAACGCACCAUGGACUGUGAUUUUGGUAAAACUAGUAAACAAGUCUAUCGUAUAAUGGAUGACUUCAAUGCAAUGCUUCAGGACCAACUGGCUGCAAGGAAAACCUAUUGAACUGGACUUUCAUUUCUUUGCAACUAAAUUUACCAAUGCUAUAUUUUUACAGCAUCACAAAAAAAAUACACUUCUGUGAUAUUUAUAUUGUUUUUAAAUGUUUAGACUUAUUAUGAAUGGGCUAACCUCAAUAAUCAAUAAAUUGAUAGGUUGGUUUUCUUUUAAA